AUGGCAGAAUCAGCUGUGUUAAUUUCCCCGCUCGAGGUGGACGACCUGGAGCUCACUAAGAUUUCAGUCCUAGGAAACGGCGCAUUUGGCUACGUCGACCUCGUCCUCUACGACGGCCAAGAGUGCGCGCUCAAGAUCGGGUUGGCGGAGAGUGUCCUCCCCAGUUUCGAGAACGAGCGCAAGAUGAUGGAACUCGUAGCGGGCGCUGGAGGAGCACCUCGUGUCCUGGCCUUCUGCCCGGAAACCCCGGCUCUCGUCAUGACAUUCUGUGGCGGGAAGGACCUGAUCGACGUCGUGGAGAAGCGGCUUUACCAUGACGAGCGGGAUCUCCUGACGAUCGCCCUCCAGCUGACCCAAGCCGUCCAAGAACUGCACCAGAAGGGCGUCGUCCACUGCGACUUGAAGCCCGAUAACGUCGUCGUGGAGAUGGACGACGAAGGACGACCUCAGAAGGUGCAUGUGAUCGACUUCGGCUUCGCACGACUCAUCGGUGGCAAGCAAAGGCCGAAGAAGACCCGCUCCCCCAAGGAAUGGUACUGCAAGUGCUUCUACUCGGGGGACGAACUCAGCCUCGCGUGCGACAUGCCAGGGCUAGGUUUCAUCGUCCACUACCUGUUACGGGCCAUGCUCAAAAUGCGUAGGGAGCGUAAGGAGAUCCUAGCCAGGACCUCAACGCCUGAUCAUGACCAACGCCUUGGGAUUAAGGGGUUGAGAGCCCUUCUCCAGCGCCUUCUCUGA